AUGGCAGGACUUAGAAGUGUAGCAGAAGCUGAAGCAGUUCGCGAUUGUGGGGAGCAUCUUUGGCCUUCGAGAAUAUGGACGAAUGAGAAUUACUCCUUUAUCUUGUUAGCGAAGGGCCGAAGGCCGCCAUUCUAGCGAUUUGCUUGCUGAUACAUUCAACAAGAGAAGAAACAUCGUCCGCCGGUUGCCAAGAAUUUUGUUUUAUCUGCCUGUAAAAUGCAACUUCAAAACAUUGAGAAACAUUCCCGGAUCAUGUUGGUAGAAUCACUUGUUCUUGUGUAAGAUUCACCUGUAAAGGAUGUAAAAUGCAACUUUAAAACAGUGAGAAACAUUCCCGGAUCAUGUAAAAAACGUUCAGAUGAAACAU